AUUUGAAAAUCUGCGAAGGAGAAGAGUCUGCAGCGCGGAAGACUGUGCCUUCUGCAAGGUAGGCAAAAGAGGGAGAUUUUUUUGGGGGGGGAGGGGGCUCCCGCGCCAGAGCAGCUGCUUCGCAGGAGAGAAGCCCUCCGGGAGAGGGCAGUUUUGCAAAGGGGCAGCGGUGGGAGGGCGCAUGCGUGGGGUUGCCCCCCCAAUUCAGCCCCCCAAGAGCUGCGAUGAGUGCAAAAGGCUUUAAGGGGAGCAGGGGCGCCCCAGGAGGAGAGCAGGCGGGGAAGAGGCAGUUUUAGGGUGGACUAGGAAACCCCCCCCCAAAGGAAAGGAGGCAGGAUGGCUCUGGGAAGAGGAGGAGGGAGACAUUCAUGUUUUGGGAAAAGAGGGGGGGAGGGCAGGGUCAGCUGGAAACUCAUUUCAACACUACGUGGCAUGGGCCCUUUUAUCCUCGAUGCCUUUCCUGUCUGGGGGGGGGGGUUCAGGAGGAAAGCCCCCAAGGAGGGCGCAGUCUCUCUGUAUAGCAGACCAGCCCUAGGAAGGAACCAAGGUGUUGGGAGAGAUGGAGGAGGGAAGACUUUAAGGAUGGGAAGAGGAGAACCACUGGCCAUAAAGUGUCAUUGAUUUCUCAGCACCAGCAACUGCUGCAGCAGAACUGGGGGCUCCAAGCGCAGUCAGCUGCCUAUACAGUCAUACCCUUGGCUCCACCUGGGCUACUAUUGUCCACACGGACCGGCAGCAAUUGCUCUUUCGGGUUUUCAGACGUGGUUUCUCAGCCCUGCCUGGGGACUGCAUCUGAGGCUUCCUGCCUGCUGAGAAGAUGCUCUGCCCUCGAACUACAGCCCCUUCCCCUCAAGUGGGGGUGCAGGACGAGGAGGAACAGAGGGAGGCAGCCGUGUCACAGCUCCAGGCUGGCAGAAAAGGGAAGGGAUGUUUUUAAUGGUGGUGGGAAGAAGAUCCUCUUUCAGGCAUGACUCCACUUUCCUCGCAUGGUGGGGUCCAGGAGGAAGGGGCCCCUCUUUUACCAUGGAAACUGCAGGUGGGAGCACCACACCUAGGCUGGGUUAUCAUUUACCAGCAAAUCGUAUUGGGUGGGAAAAUGGCUGCAGGGUCUCUGAGGCUGCCUUUGCUUCUAUCUCCCUCCCAGGAACCUGCAGCUUCUGAGCUCCUCAGGAAGGAUGGAAGAGACUGGUCCUGCAAACCUAGCGAGGAUGGAAGGAGGAAGAUGGACGGUUGACCUGGUCAGGCUGCCUCCUGCAUCCCUCCCCACAACCUCUGACUGUUCUCUCCCAGGACCCUCAGAGAGAUCUGGUGAGUUCCAGGGAAUGGAGAUGGGGACAUGGAGGGAUGUUGGCUGUGGGAAAGCAAUCUGGCAAAAAAAGGGCCAUAGCUCUGGGCUGUGAGAGAUAAAAGAAACCACCCUGCUGAGAGCCUGUUUUUUAUAUGCUUUUAAAUUGGGUUUGUUUUUGUUUUUUGGUGUUUUUAACAGUUAUAAGGGCAUUUUGUGGGGUGUGUCUGGGAUGGGAGGAGCAGAGGGAGGCCCAAUUUCAGGGGAUCUGGGUAGGGGGAGGUAUGGUGUGGGAGGAGGGGCAGCCCGGGUAAAGGGCACACAGCACAGGUAGUUAGUGGCUGUACUGUGUGCCAGGCCCGCCCUGCCCCCCAUCCUGGGGAAUUGUGGUUGUCAUAUCAGCCAACCCUUGGGUCUGCGACUGCUACUGCUGAAUGCCAGGUCCACCCAGAAUAAAAUCUCCCCCAUCCAUGAUCUGAUUAUGGAUGAGGAAGCUGAUCUGGUGUGUAUCACUGAAACCUGGGUGGGUGAACAGGGUGGGGUUGGUGUCACCCAGCUGUGCCCACUCAGUGGUCUAUAGAGAUUCUCUGUCUCCAGGCUCUCUGUCCAGUUCGGGGUGUGUGAAUCUAGCGUGUGCGUCUCUGGCGUUGGGCAGUCGGGACAGAUUAGGGAUUCUACUGGUUUACCACCUGCCUGAGCUGACAGAGCUGGUGUCAGAGGCAGUGUUAGGGACUCCCAGACUGCUAGUUGUGGGAGACUUCAACAUCCAUGCCGAGGCAGCUGGCUCUGGGGUGGCUCAGGACUUUAUGGCUACCAUGACAACCAUGGGGCUGUCCCAACCUGUCACCGGCCCAACACACAUGGCAGACCACACUCUAGACCUUGUUUUCUUGAUUGGGCAGGAAGAGGGUGAUUUAAAGGUGGGGGACAUUGGCAUCAAUCCCUUGUCAUGGUCAGAUCACUUCCUGUUGAAAUUUAGGAUGUCAGCAACUUUUUCCCUCCGCAGAGGCGGGGGACCUGUAAGGAAGGUCUGCUAUCAGAGGCUGAUGAAUCCAGUGGGAUUCCAAACAGCUCGGGGGGGGGGGGGGUUGACUCAGGCUAUUGACACAAUCGCCCCUGAAUGCCCUCUCCCACUAGACUGGUAACUGGGAGCGGCCGCUGGGACCAUAUAACACAGGUCUUAAAGGAACUACAUUGACUCCCAGUAUGUUUCCAAGUGCAAUUCAAAGUGUUGGUGCUGACUUUAAAGCUCUAAACAGCUUGGCCCUGUAGACCCAAAGGAGCAUCUCUACCCCCAUCGCUCAACCCCAGAUGCUGAGGUCCAGCUCCCAGGGUCUUCUUCUGGUUCCCUCACUGCAAGAAGGGAAGUAACAGAGAACCAGACAAAAGGCCUUCUCGGUAGUGGCGCUGUUCCUGUGGAAUGCGCUCUCUUCAGGUGUCAAGGAGAUAAAGAACAACAUAACUUUUAGAAGACAACUGAAGGCAGCCGUGUACCAGGACAUUUGUAAUGUUUGAUGUUUUACUAUGUUAUAAAUAUGCUGUAAGCCGCCCAGAGUGACUGCGGAAACCCAGCCAGAUGUGCGGGAUAUGAAUAUUAUUAUUAUUAUUAUCAUCAUCAUCAACAUGAUCAGAUGUUGCAGAAAUUUCACUAGGAUUGUAAUUUGGAUUACACUUUUAAUUGUAAUCUUCCCUUAAUUUUAGCAGGUGAUGAAAACGACAGUCAUCAUUCUUGGGGCUCAUCAGAAAGAACCAAGCAUGAAGUCAAAGGAAGGACCUUUCAAGGUAAAGAGGAAACAAGAUCACAGAUGAAAAAUCUAGAAGAAAAUGGGAGGAAUAAAAGGCCUUCUAACGCAGACUGAUAAUGGCCAUCAAAUCCCCGUCCAGAAAAAACAUCAGAAGGGAAAGAGAACAUAUGAGAGACCUUUGUGUGGCAAAACAUUCAAAAAUAAAUCUAGCUUCAACUCACACUGCAGAAUCCACACAGAGGAGAAACCAUGUAAAUGCUUGGUGUGUGGAAAGAACUUCAGUGACAGCUCUGGCCUAAAAUCACAUGAAAGAAUUCAUGCAGGACAGGAAUCCUAUGAAUGCCUAGAAUGUGGAAAGAGUUUCAGUCAUUACUCAUACCUUAGAAAGCAUCAGAAAGUCCACAGCGAGGAGAAACCACUUAGCUGCUUUGAGUGUGUAAGGAGCUUCAUUCACAGAAGAGGCCUUAAAUCACAUCAAACAAUCCACAGCAGGGAGAAACCACAUACCUGUUUUGAGUGUGGGAAAAGCUUCACUUACAGCUCACGCCUUGUAUCUCAUCAAAAAAUCCACACAGGAGAGAAGCCAUAUAAAUGUUUGGAGUGCAGAAUGAGCUUUGGUUCCAGCUCAAGUCUUACAUCGCAUCAAAUAAUUCACACAGGAGAGAAAUCUUAUAAAUGUACAGAGUGCGGAAGGAGCUUUGCUCACAGUGCUAGCCUUACUUCACAUAAGAGAACCCACACAGGGGAGAAACCAUAUAAAUGCUUGGAAUGUGGGAAGAGCUUCAGUCAGAGUUCACAUCUUAUUGUGCAUGAGCGAAUCCAUACAGGGGAAAAACCAUAUAAAUGUGAGACAUGUGGAAAGAGCUUUAGUAACUGCACAUACCUUGUUAGCCACCGCAGAAUCCAUACAAGAGAGAAGCCAUAUAAGUGCUUUGAGUGUGGUAAAACCUUCAGCCAGAGUUCAAGCCUUAGUACGCAUCGAAAAAUUCACAGUGGGGAGAAACUGCAUGCAUGUAUUGAAUGUGGAAAGAGGUUCACUACAAGCGUAAAACUUUGAAAUCAUCAAAGAAUUCACACAGGGGAGAAACUGUAUACCUGUUUUGAGUGUGGAAAGAGCUUCGCUCAUGGUUCAAACCUUUCAUCGCAUCAAAAAAUUCACACAGGGGAGAAACCGUAUACCUGUUCUGAGUGUGGAAAAAGCUUUGCUCAUGGAUCUCACUUUACUUCACAUAAGAGAACCCACACAGGGGAGAAACCAUAUAAAUGCUUGGAAUGUGGAAAGAGCUUCAGUCAGAGUUCACACCUUACUGUGCAUAAGCGAAUCCACAGGGAAAAAACCACAUAA